AGUCAUACAGGACAUAGCUAUUAAGCAGGCAAGGACUACUUAAAUUCAAGACUGUCAUAUUUAUACCAGAAAACUUUUGCCAUUGAACAGUAGAAUUUGUGUUAGGCAGUUUCUUAAACGUGCGAACAUGGGAUUAAAUAUUCACAUUUUGUAUGGAGCUGAAAAAUGUUUCGGAAUCCAAGGCUGUCUAUCAACAGCAUCCAGAGACUCAAUGGCCUACACUUUAAGUCCUAUGCCUGGUGGACCCAUUGGAACACAGUACUGUGUGACAAAGGUAGAGCUGUCUGUAAGUGGAGAGAAUCUGCUUGACAGAGAUGUCACAUCUAAAUCUGAUCCAUUCUGUGUUUUGUUCCUGGAACUGAAUGGCAAAUGGGUUGAGAUUGGAAGAACAGAAACUGCAAUCAAUAACCUAAACCCAGUUUUUGGUAGAAAAUUUGUAAUUGAUUACCAUUUCGAAGAAAUCCAAAAACUAAAGUUUGCACUCUUUGACCAAGACAAGUCAAGCUCCCAGCUGUAUGAGCAUGAUUUUCUGGGAGAGUUCACAUGUACUCUGGGGGUGGUUGUUUCCAGUAAGAAGCUGACAAGACCACUAGUUCUUGGAAAUGGGAAACCUGCAGGAAAAGGAACUAUCACAAUAACAGCGCAGGAACUUUCUGAUAACAGAGUAAUAAGCCUUACCAUGAUGGGAAGAAAACUUGAUAAAAAGGAUUUCUUUGGAAAAUCAGAUCCAUAUUUAGAGUUUCACAAACAAGGUGACGAUGGCAAAUGGAUGCUUGUACACAGAACUGAGGUCAUAAAGAAUACUUUGGAUCCUGUGUGGAAACCAUUCAGCAUGCCUCUUGUCUCACUCUGUGAUGGAGAUGUGGAGAAACCAGUUAAGAUUAUGUGUUAUGACUAUGAUAAUGAUGGAGGUCAUGAUUUCAUUGGGGAGUUUCAGACAACUGUGGCAAAGAUGUGUGAAGCACAAAAUGCCAUUGAGUUAGAGUUUGAGUGCCUUAAUCCAAAGAAGCAAAAGAAAAAGAAAAGCUACAGGAACUCUGGAAUUAUCAUUGUGAAAUCUUGUUGGAUUUCAAGAGACUACUCUUUUCUGGAUUAUAUCCUUGGUGGUUGUCAACUCAUGUUUACUGUGGGCAUAGAUUUUACAGCAUCUAACGGAAAUCCUCGAGAUCCAACUUCAUUGCAUUAUAUCAAUCCCAUGGGAACAAAUGAAUAUCUGGCAGCUAUCUGGGCAGUGGGACAGAUCAUUCAAGAUUAUGACACAGACAAAAUGUUUCCAGCAUUAGGAUUUGGAGCACAGCUUCCACCAGAUUGGAAGGUAAAAAUGUUUUUAUCACAUGAAUUUGAAAUCAACUUUAACCCAACAAACCCCUUUUGUUCAGGUGUUGAAGGAAUCGUCAAGGCAUAUUCCUUCCUUGCCCUUCCUCAUGACUGGUUUUAUGGGGCAACAAACUUCUCUCCUAUAAUUAACCAUGUUGCUCGAUUUGCAUCGCAGGCAAGUGCAACAGGAGAGGUGGCAGCUCAAUAUUUUAUACUCCUUAUCAUCACGGAUGGUGUCAUCAGUGAUAUGGAUGAGACACGCCAUGCCAUUGUCCAGGCUUCUAAACUUCCAAUGUCCGUCAUUAUUGUUGGAGUAGGAAAUGCAGAUUUUGCUGCUAUGGAGUUCCUGGAUGGUGAUAACCGAAUCCUUCGGUCCUAUACAGGAGAAGAGGCUGCCCGUGAUAUUGUGCAGUUUGUUCCAUUUCGGGAGUUCAGAAAUGCACCUAAAGAAACGCUAGCAAAAUCUGUCCUGGCAGAAUUGCCCCAGCAAGUGACACAGUACUUCAAGCAGCGAAACUUGGCACCAAUCAACUCAGAGCCGGCUUAGUGCCCCCAGCAAACCAGCCGGCCUGCAUGUUGCCAAAACCCAAUCACUGUUUACAAGGAAGAAACUGCAUGGAAGUAUUUUUUAUUCACUACAUCUGACUUUUUAAAAUGAAAUCUUAAUGAACUUCUUUUAAGAAGCAGUGUCUGCCUACUUAAAAUAAUACAACAAAACACUAAGUUAAGAGAAGCCUUUUGGAUUGAUCCUCUGGGAGUAAAACAUUGAAUGUUCCUUUGUACUAAUGUUCUGUAAGAUUUUGAUAUUUUUUUUUAAACUUAGUUUAAAUGUUUCAACACAAUUUAAAUAUAUAUAAUAUAUAUAUAUGUAGUCAUGUAGGAUUGUCGCGUUAGUGACGGUGACACACAAAAAUGUUCCUUUUGUCAAGUUACAUGUCAGCUAUUUUAUACUGUUAACUUGUUUUUUUUUUGUUAUACUCAGGAUUAUCUGUCAAUAAAACCAGCUUUUAAAACAAUAUCACCAUCAGACAAACUGCA